AUGUUUCACUUACUGCAAGAUUUAAAUAAUGAAGUAUUGAAUUCAGAAUAUCCAAAUAUACAGAAAUUAUCACAAGAUGUAUAUAAUCAGCCUAAUGACAUUAAAGCAUGGGAUGCUUUAUUUGAUGAAUAUGAUAAAAUUAUAGAUGAUUCUUAUGAUAUGAAUGAUAGGAAUUCAAUAUCGCAAAAUUUAAAAGAUGAAGUUUAUAAAGCCUAUAAGUCAUUAUUAUCUAGGUUUCCUUUAUUGCUUGCUUAUUGGAAAAAAUGGUCAAUUUUAGAAUAUAAAUUAAAUGGUACUGAUGCAUCAAUUGAUAUAUUACGAUUGGGUGUUGAAAAUUUUCCGAAUUCAGUUCAAUUAUGGAAUGAUUAUUUAACUGCUUCUGAGACAGUUGAGAAAGAAGGUAGUAGAGAGAAAAUGGAUAAAUUGCUAGAAGAAGCUUUGAGGCAUAACAGUUAUGAUUAUAAUUCUGGGCCGUUAUGGAAUAAAGUUAUUGAAUUUGAAAAAGAUAAUGAUGAGAAGGUAUUAGAGUUGUUUUUAAAAGUUAUACGGAUUCCACUUUAUGAAUAUGCACAAUUUUAUGAGAAAUUCCAAGAAACUUGUAAGAAGUUUGAAAUUGGGAAGAUAAUACCAGAAAAAGAUUUGCUUGACUAUGUUAAAAAAUUUGGUAAAUCUAAGAUUAUAGAGUUGUCUUUGAUUGAAAAGCAUCAAAUCAUUGAUGAUUACAUAACAAAGAUAUAUUCGAUUACACAAGCCAAAGUAAAUUCAAGUUGGCAAUACGAAUCAAAUUUACGAAAUCAAGAAUUUAAGAUAGUGGUGGAUCAAGAAAUAAAAGAUGAAAUAGAAACAUGGUUAAAUUACAUAAGGAAAGAGAUUGAAGUGUAUAAGAACGAUAAUUCAGACGGUCAAUUUAACCUCAUUUGUAAUUUAUUCGAGAGAAUGUUGAUUCCAAAUUGUUUCAAUUCUGAUUCAUGGCUUAAGUAUUUAAAGUUUUUAAAUGACCUGAGGAGGGAAGAUAGUUUUGAAUUGCAGAAAGAGGUUUAUUUAAAGAUAAACUCGAGAUUCAUACCGUUGAAUAAACAAGUGACUAGAUUUAUGUAUGUUAAAUUAUUACUUAAACAUGAUAAACUCGAUGAUGCAUUGGAGUAUUUAUUGGAUUGGAUAAAAUUAUACAGUGGUAUUAAGUUAUACUUUAAACAAUCAUACCUUGAGUCAAUUACUGAGUUAGUUAAAAUGAUUCAGCACAUAUUAGAUAUGGAAGAGUUUAGAUGGGUGUUGAAAAAAUGGAUCAAUAUGUAUUUUGAUAUCACUCCAUCAAAGAAGAAACAAGAAGAAGAAGUCAAAAUUGAUAAAAUCCCAAUGUCAGUUAUAAAUCAAGUUGCAAAGUACCUUAAUGAUGAUUCAAUUUGUAUUAUUAUAGAGUCACAUUUACUUCAACUACAAGCACAAGAUCAAACUGAAAAGAUCAGACAAUUUUACAAUCAACAUCAUACAAGACCAUGCUUAUCUAUAUCUGUCAAAUUUUGGAAUUUCAUGUUUCAAUUUGAAGGAAUUCAUCAACAUAAUUUAAACAAUCUCAAAUUGAUAAUCACAUAUAUAAAAAAUGAAUCAAAUUUGCCAAAAUUAGUCAUUGAUCAAUUUAUAAAUCAAUAUUAUGAUAUUGCAAAUGCAAAUCUCAAAAAGAUACUAUUGAUAAAUGAUGGGAAAUCAGAUGAAUCAAUAAUAAAACGAGAUUUAAAUAUUUCAAAUUCAAUAUUUUACAAUACUGCAACUCAAAAACGAAGUAGUGAAUAUAAUUACAUGCUCAAACAUAAUAAUAAUAAACUCAAACAAGAUGAAUAUAUUAGAUUUAUACGGAAACAAAUUGGUCAUCCUGGUAUAUUUAUUGAUUCUACACCUGAUAUAACUAAUAAAUUCAUGAAUGAUGGAAAUUAUAUUGAUCUAACUGAAAACGAUAUACCAAUUCCACCAUUACCAACUUUUAAGAAUGUUGAAAAAGCAUCACAAAAUAUUAAAUAUCCCAAAGAUUAA